AGUAUAUGCCUGGGAGAGGAAUAUUUUGCUUAUUCCAGGGGUUGUUGGCUUAGGUGGAGUCCCCGGCUCAUUGGCUCCUGUGGAUCACAUGUCUUGCCUCUUAUAGGGGCUGAGGUUCACAAACUGCUUUACUGUGUUCAUCUGGUAACUAAGUGUCUGUGCAGGGACCAGCUCCUUCCCUGCGCUGGAAGCAUCAUUGGAGCAGGGAGGGCAAUCCCUCUGGAGGAGGCAUCCAGCACAUGAGGAGGGCAGGAGCUGCCAAGGACACUGUCUCCACCAUCUGAGGCUCAUACAUUGGAGAUAAUAGUAUCAUUAUUGCUAUUAUUUUUGCAUUGCUUUGUACUCUUUUUUUUUUUUGAGGAUCUCUCAUCUGCUCCAGGGCUUGGGCUCCAGGAUUGAGGGUGGGAAGAAGAAGAAGAAGCCCUGUGUGCUCCAGCCCUGAUCCAUGAAAGGAAGCGAAGUGUGAGGGGCUCAGUGCAUGGGGAUGCGUCUACAGCCCCCAACCUUGGCUGCCACUUUGGAUUCUAACACUUGCUCCUGUGCAAUUCUAGAAUGGCCCGGUUCGGAGAUGAUCUGCCCACCCGCUAUGGAACUGGGGUGCCAGGGGGUGCUGGAAGAGGGAGCAGCCGCCAAGGUGGACCCCAACCUGGCCAAAGGAUGUACAAGCAGUCCAUGGCACAGAGGGCGAGGACCAUGGCUCUGUAUAACCCCAUCCCUGUCAAACAGAACUGCUUCACCGUUAACAGGUCCCUGUUCAUCUUCAGUGAAGACAAUGUCAUCAGGAAAUAUGCCAAAAGGAUCACAGAGUGGCCUCCAUUCGAAUAUAUGAUUUUAGCCACCAUCAUUGCCAAUUGCAUUGUGUUGGCGCUGGAACAACAUUUGCCGGAACAUGACAAAACCGAUAUGUCGGAGAGACUGGACGAUACCGAACCGUAUUUUAUUGGCAUAUUCUGUUUUGAAGCCGGAAUUAAGAUCAUCGCCUUAGGCUUCGUAUUUCAUAAAGGCUCGUACCUCCGCAACGGAUGGAAUGUCAUGGACUUUGUGGUUGUGCUCACGGGGAUAUUGGCAACAGCCGGCACAGAUUUUGACCUGCGGACAUUGAGAGCAGUCCGGGUGUUGAGGCCACUAAAGCUAGUUUCGGGGAUCCCAAGUCUACAGGUGGUGUUGAAGUCCAUCAUGAAGGCCAUGGUCCCUCUCCUUCAGAUUGGCUUGCUCCUUUUCUUCGCAAUCGUCAUGUUCGCCAUUAUAGGACUAGAGUUUUAUAUGGGAAAGUUCCACAGGACAUGCUUCUCUUAUGAAACAGGUGAACCAGUUGCCGAUUACCCAUGUGGCGAAGAAGCCCCGGCCCGGACAUGUGACAAUGAAACCUCGGAGUGCCGAUUAUACUGGAAAGGGCCUAACUUUGGAAUCACUAACUUCGACAACAUCCUGUUUGCAGUCUUAACAGUUUUCCAGUGCAUCACCAUGGAAGGGUGGACGGACAUCCUGUAUAAUACCAAUGACGCUGUUGGCGCAAUGUGGAAUUGGCUGUAUUUCAUCCCGCUCAUCAUCGUGGGCUCCUUCUUCAUGUUGAACCUGGUUCUUGGUGUCUUGUCAGGGGAAUUUGCCAAGGAACGUGAGCGGGUGGAGAAUCGCCGGGCAUUUCUCAAAUUGAGACGGCAGCAGCAAAUCGAGCGUGAGCUGAAUGGAUAUCUCGAGUGGAUAUUCAAAGCAGAGGAGGUCAUGCUUGCAGAAGAGGACAAAAAUGCAGAAGAGAAAUCCCCCUUAGAUGUGCUGAAAAGAGCGACCAUUAAGAAGAGCAAAAACGACCUCAUACACGCCGAAGAGGGUGAGGAUCACUUCACCGAUAUCUGUUCUGUUGGUUCCCCUUUCGCCCGCUCCAGCUUGAAAAGUGCGAAAAACGAGAGCUCGUCUUACCUCAGACGCAAGGAGAAGAUGUUCCGCUUCUUUAUCCGCCGGAUGGUGAAGGCUCAGAGUUUCUAUUGGUUUGUACUGUGCGUGGUGGCGUUGAACACCCUUUGCGUCGCCAUCGUACAUUACAACCAGCCGGCGUGGCUUACCAAAGCCCUAUAUUUUGCAGAAUUUGUUUUCCUGGGGCUUUUUCUGACGGAAAUGUCCAUGAAAAUGUAUGGGCUGGGACCUCGGAACUACUUCCACUCAUCCUUCAACUGCUUCGAUUUUGGGGUGAUUGUCGGAAGUAUUUUCGAGGUAAUCUGGGCGGCCGUAAAACCAGGAACAUCGUUUGGGAUCAGCGUCCUCCGAGCUUUACGUCUUCUUCGCAUCUUUAAGGUCACAAAAUACUGGAACUCUCUCAGGAACUUGGUGGUUUCGUUACUCAACUCCAUGAAGUCCAUCGUCAGCCUGUUGUUCCUGCUUUUCCUCUUCAUUGUAGUCUUUGCUCUUCUUGGGAUGCAACUUUUUGGGGGACAAUUUUACUUUGAAGAAGAAACACGAAAUACUAAUUUUGACACCUUCCCCACAGCCAUACUAACUGUGUUUCAGAUCCUGACGGGAGAGGAUUGGAACACCGUCAUGUACUACGGCAUCGAGUCACAAGGGGGCGUCAGCAAAGGAAUGUACUCCUGUGUUUAUUUCAUCAUUCUGACAUUGUUUGGAAACUAUACCCUGUUGAAUGUAUUCUUAGCUAUUGCUGUUGACAAUCUGGCGAACGCGCAGGAAUUGACCAAGGACGAGGAGGAGAUGGAAGAAGCAACCAAUCAGAAAUUGGCGCUGCAAAAAGCCAAAGAGGUGGCGGAAGUCAGUCCCAUGUCGGCAGCAAAUAUUUCAAUUACAGCUUUUGUAAAGCAAACUCAAGGUGCAAUAUCUCGCAGCCCGUCUGUCUCCAACGUAAAUUCACCUAAACAGCAGAACUCAGCCAAAUGUCGAUCAGUGUGGGAGCAGAGAACCACCCAGAUCCGUAUGCAUAACUUUCGGGCCAGUUGUGAAGCCCUCUACAGUGAGUUGGAACCUGAAGACCGACUAAGGUAUGCAACCACGCUACGUCUAAGGCCCGAUAUGAAGAGUCACAUGGAUCGGCCGUUGUUGGUUGACCCUCAGGAUUCCACAGAGACAAAAGAUGGCAGCCCAGAAGCACUACCUCCAAGUGAAACAGAGCCAGGGACGGAAGUGACCGCAGAACACAUACCACGAAAACAUUGGCACAGAGAUAGGGGGACUACCGAAACCAAUGGCGGCGGUCGGGAAAAUGGAAAUCACAAUGGUGACUCUGGCAGCAAUGACAGAGAAGAACGUCACCGACAGCAUAGGAGUCGUAGCAAAGAAGGAGAAGGUGGUAAAGAAGGUGGAAGGGGAGAGCGGAACCGGAGUCAGGAAAGAGUUAAGAGACACCACCGAAGAGCUUCCCCAGAAGAGGGGACCGAGAGGGAACAUAGACGGCACCGCACGCAUCGUCAUUCUGCCGAGAGACAAGGGAAAGAGGGCAACGGGCAGCCUCCAUCGGGUAGUAAAGGAGAAAGGAAGUCAAGACAUAGAGGAGGUGGAUCCAGGUCUGGCAACAGAGAUGGUGAAGGUACCAUUCGAGUGGGGGAAAAUGGAGAGGAGAUUCCACGGUCACGGCACCGGAACAGGCACAAAGCACUUUCUACAUAUGAUACAGAGGAAAAGAAGGAAAACAAAGAGGGAGAAUCGGGGGAAAGAGAGCAUCGCAACCACAGGUUGAGGGACCACCGUAAUGAGGCGGACGUUCCCAUCGGGGGGCUUCAACAGUUGCCGGAGCAGCCAGAAGAUGCUGAUAAUGAGAAGAACGUGAACAGGAUGUUCCUGCCCCAUCCAGAGCGGUCCAGCAUGGUUAAUAUACCGGUAACCAUCACCGCGCCUGUCGGGGAGAGCGCCGUCAUACCAAUAAAUAACUUAGAGUUUGAGGUCAAAUCUGAAGAGAAAAAGGAGAUGGAGGCAGAUGACCUGACGAAAAAUGGACCAAAGCAGAUUCUCCCGUACAGUUCCAUGUUCGUCUUUAGUUCCACCAAUCCAGUCCGUCGCUUGUGUCAUUACAUUGUUAAUAUGCGCUACUUUGAAAUGGUCAUACUGGUGGUUAUUGCACUGAGCAGCAUUGCACUGGCUGCAGAAGAUCCUGUUCAAGCUGAUGCCCCUCGUAAUGAUGUGCUGAAAUACAUGGAUUACAUCUUCACAGGGGUCUUCACCUUCGAGAUGGUGAUCAAGAUGAUUGACCUGGGGCUUCUCCUUCACUCCGGCUCGUAUUUUCGGGAUCUGUGGAAUAUUCUAGAUUUCAUCGUGGUCAGUGGCGCUCUGGUGGCGUUCGCCUUCUCAGGGAACAAAGGAAAAGAUCUGAACACCAUCAAAUCCCUGCGGGUCCUCCGUGUGUUGCGUCCACUGAAGACCAUCAAGAGGCUGCCCAAAUUAAAGGCCGUGUUUGACUGCGUGGUAAACUCUCUGAAGAACGUGUUGAACAUCCUCAUCGUCUACAUGCUUUUCAUGUUUAUCUUCGCCGUCAUCGCCGUUCAGCUCUUCAAGGGCAAGUUCUUCUACUGUACGGAUGAGUCAAAAGAUCUGGAAAAAGACUGCAGGGGAGAAUACUUGAACUAUGAAAACGACGAUGUGCGCGCCCAGGCCAGACAGUGGAAGAAAUACGAAUUCCACUAUGACAAUGUACUUUGGGCUCUUCUGACUCUCUUUACAGUCUCCACCGGAGAAGGGUGGCCAAGCGUCCUCAAGCACUCCGUGGAUGCCACCUACGAGGAUCAAGGUCCAACACCUGGAUUCCGAAUGGAGAUGUCCAUCUUUUAUGUGGUCUAUUUCGUGGUCUUCCCUUUCUUCUUUGUGAACAUCUUUGUAGCUUUGAUUAUUAUUACAUUCCAGGAACAAGGCGAUAAGGUCAUGUCAGAGUGCAGUCUGGAAAAGAACGAGAGGGCCUGCAUAGACUUUGUCAUCAGCGCCAAGCCCCUUACGCGGUACAUGCCGCAGAAUCGUCAGUCCUUUCAGUACAAGAUGUGGCGGUUUGUGGUUUCUCCCCCAUUUGAGUAUUUCAUUAUGGUGAUGAUUGCUUUGAACACCAUCGUCCUCAUGAUGAAGUUCUAUGGAGCAUCUGAAACAUAUGAAGAAAUGCUAAAAUGCCUGAAUAUCAUCUUCACAUCCAUGUUCUCUCUGGAGUGCAUUUUGAAGAUCGCAGCGUUCGGUGUUCUGAACUAUUUACGGGACGCUUGGAAUGUCUUUGACUUUGUCACAGUCUUGGGAAGUAUUACUGAUAUUUUAGUAACGGAGAUAGCGGAAAAUUUCAUCAAUCUGAGUUUCCUGCGACUCUUUCGAGCUGCUCGGCUGAUCAAACUGUUGCGUCAGGGUUACACCAUCCGCAUCCUUCUCUGGACCUUUGUGCAGUCUUUUAAGGCCCUGCCAUACGUCUGCCUCCUUAUUGCAAUGCUAUUCUUCAUCUACGCCAUCAUUGGGAUGCAGGUCUUUGGGAACAUUGCCUUGGUGGAUGACAACGCGAUCAACAGACACAAUAACUUCCGCACCUUUUUUCAAGCCUUAAUGCUCCUGUUUAGGAGUGCCACGGGAGAAGGCUGGCACGAUAUUAUGCUCUCUUGUCUCAGCAACAGGCCAUGUGACCCACGCUCCGGCAAUAGCAAAGACGAAUGUGGAAGUGACUUUGCCUAUUUCUAUUUCGUCUCCUUCAUUUUCCUGUGCUCUUUCCUGAUGCUCAAUCUUUUUGUGGCCGUCAUAAUGGACAAUUUUGAAUACCUAACGCGCGACUCGUCCAUUUUGGGUCCCCAUCAUCUGGAUGAGUUUAUACGUGUCUGGGCCGAGUAUGACCCCGCUGCUUGUUGCCGUAUUCACUAUAAGGAUAUGUACAAUUUAUUGCGUGUUAUUGCCCCUCCACUGGGGCUGGGGAAACGCUGCCCAUCGCGGGUGGCUUACAAGCGGCUUGUCCGGAUGAAUAUGCCCAUCUCUGAUACAGACCUCACCGUGCACUUUACAUCCACUUUGAUGGCUUUAAUCCGAACAGCGCUGGACAUAAAACUGGCUACGGGGGGACUAAAACAACACGAAAGUGACGCGGAACUUCGGAAGGAAAUUACAUCCGUGUGGCCUAACCUCUCACAGAAAACCCUAGAUUUACUCGUACCUCCUCAUAAACCCGAUGAAGUAACCGUUGGGAAGGUUUAUGCAGCUCUAAUGAUCUUUGACUUCUACAAGCAAAACAAGAACAACCGAGACCAAUCUCACCAGCAGCAAGGGGUCUUAUCCCAGACAGGAACCGUCUCCCUUUUCCAGCCUCUGAAACCAACGAUGGACCAGAAUAUUCCCAGUCAGCUCGGUGAUACCAAGAUCCAAAAGCAGAAGAGCUCCACGUCUCUGAACAAUGGAGGAGUAGUGGUCAAUCAGGACAGUGGGAUGCGGGAGUCAAUAUCAUGGGUAACGCAGCCAGCACCGGAUCCCUUCUCUACCCCUCGGAGUAUUUCAUUUCAGAGAGGCCACUCGGAAGAGAUUCCACCCCAGCGACAAGGCAAACAGGCUGUAGAGAUGAAAGAAAUUGUCCAAAGUCUUACUAAUGGUGAUCAUCCAACUGGGCUAGAGACCCAGGGACGAGCAGUGUCCAUGCCCCGUCUAGCUGCGGACGCUCAUCCGAGGAGCCGCGCUCCUUCCCCCCGGAACGGUUACCUGCCCCCUAUUACUGAUAGUAGCCCCAUGAAACGCUCGGUUUCCACCCUGGCUCCCACGCAACGUCCUCAGCUGUAUGAGUAUUCCUUAGAGAGGGUGCCCCAUGAGCGCGGCCACCAGCACCACCAUCGAUGUCACCGGCGUAAGGAUAGAAAGCAACAGUCAACAGAGAGAUCUCCACCGAAUGAGGACAUAGAGUCUGCACCUAGAGAGCGGAGGCAAGAAAGAGGAAGGUCCCAGGAACGAAAACAACAGCCUCCAUCUUCAUCAGAGAAACAGCGCUUUUACUCAUGUGACCGAUACGGCAGCCGGGAUUCGGGUCACCCCCGUCAUUCUGAUCACAGUCGAGCCACAUCGCCCAGCUCUGGACAGGAGCACUCAACACAUAGACAGGGCAGCGGUUCGGCCAAUGGGAGUCCACGUUUGACCAGCUCCGGUGCUAGCACCCCAUGCCGAGCAGUCCGGAGACAACUGCCCCAGACUCCUCUCACUCCUCGGCCCAAUGUAAACUACCGGACAGCUCACUCCUCCCCUGUGCACUUUGGUGGACCAAGUUACUCUCCCGGGAGACUCAGCCGGGGCUUAUCAGAGCACAAUACUUUGCUGUACAGCGACUCUUCAAGCCCCUCUGCUUGCACAGUCACACGCAUCGGCUCUGAUCCCUACCUAGGGCCACGACAAGAUUCCGACAGCUACUGCCCACUGCCUGAGGACACAUUAACCUUUGAGGAGGCAUUGGCUAGCAACUCUGGACGUUCCUCUCGGACUUCCUAUGUGUCCUCCCUCACUUCCCAUUCCCACCAGCUCUGCAGGGUUCCCAAUGGCUAUCACUAUGCCUUAGGGCUCAAUACAGGGUCUGGCUCAGCGCCCAGAGUACGAAGUUACUACCAUGAAGCAGACGAGGAUGACUGGUGCUAGCACAGGGACCCAAGACACGAUCCCACUCCCAACCCCGCUUCCGAGGAAAGCGUUAGUCAGUGAAGCCCGGGGGGAUGGAGUUGGGCCACUUGUUUGAGUAACAACUGAUGAGUUUUAUCAUCAGCUGGCAGAUCGCCGUGACAUCAGGGCAUGUCACAGGAGAGCAGCGGCAGCCAUCUUAGGGAACCUAAAACCAUGGAUAAACAGGAACAAAUUUAAGGAAGAAACAAGGAAAGGGCAGGGACUCCAGAGCAGGUCUCCGUCAAAACUUGUUCUGGCAUUGUAAUUAUGAGUCUUCCUUUUGGGGAGCGUUAUGCCUAUUUUGUAGUACAUUGGAAUACCAGAAGUAUGAGGAAGCUGGAAGCAUGGAGGACAGAGAUGUGAAAGAAAGAGCAUCAGGAUGAGGACCACAGAGUAUUGAGGUUGUUUUUUUUAAAUUAUUUAUAUAGACUUAAAGGAUACAAAGGAGUGAUUGUCCAACCCUUCAUCUUCCUACGUCAUCCUCCAAGAGUUCACCGGAAGUUACAGCUCACUCACUCAACAUCUCAUCCUCCAACUUUUUUUCAAUUCUGAACCUCCUCACCAGUUUACCGCUCCACUUGAGUGGAGGACCACAUGAGCUACUCCGAAAGUUCCACUUACAUCAGUAGCCAUGACCCAAUACGGUGUACGGUUUUGUACUUAUUUGUAAACCUCUACUUUUUCUUGCUCUCUAAACCAGUGGUGACCCCACAGUAGACAUUUUUUUAUGCAAGAGAGUUGGUAUUUCAAGCAUGAAAUGUAUAGCGGAAAAAAAAAAUCCGAAGCAUCAUCCAUCGGUUGGAGACACCAUAAUAGAUGAUAAAGCUGUAAUGCCACACCCAGGGUAAAUGGCAUGCCAAAUCUAACCAGGAACCACAACACGUGUACCCUGUGUCUGGUGAUAACAGUAGUCUUUACAUUAUGGGAAUUUGGUGAUACCUGAGUGACAGUCACUCGACUGCUAGAAAAGGAACGUUUAGAGAAGCGUUUGAGAAGUUUGUGUUUGUAUGUCUGUGUGUACGCUGCUGAAAUGUCAUUUUUACCAGUGCGAGGGGUGUCCCCAUCACAUACACGAAAAAAAAAAAGUUGGGGAGCUCCAUGGGCACAUUAUCUGUUCACUGUCCUGAAUCUCACCAGUAAGCCUUUCCUAUCCUCAGCAUAGCCUAGAUUAUGGUAAUGCACAGGUCUGAGCAUGCAUGUUAUUGGUUAGUGUGUUACUUUGCACAUGAUUUGGUCAACAAAGUUGCACUAAUGUGUGUUCUUAAAAAUUUUAUUACUUUUUUUAAAUGUAUUUGAAAAAAAAAACUUGUACAGGGAACCUUGCUCCAUUACCGAUUGAGAGACGCUCGUUCCCUAAGUCUUCAUAUCUGUCUGUAUCAUGUACCGUCAACUAUAAUGGUCACGUUUUGCACUGGUCAACCCCUUGAAGACGGCAUCUCACACGACAGUCUAUAUUUCCUCCUCAUUUUCUAUCUUCAUAGCACCCAGUGCUACAGAUGAUUGUACAACUUGUCUGCAGAGCUUAGCGUUUUUUUCUGGCUGAGCGUUUUUCCUUCCUGUGCCAUACAAUCCUAGAGGCAACGUGUUCAUUGUCCUAGUGCCAAAUGCGUUGCAUCAGGUGGAACUGCAGGCGACACUGUGCCAAUCUUUCAAAGCCCAGUGUGCACCACGAUCAUCACGUUCAUCAACGCUUGAGCCGGUGUGUAACCUGUCCUAUGGCAAUAAGGCACUCUGAGUCGGGGCAGAUCAAAUGCUGAUAGCGCUAUGUGGCCUUUUUUUAUUCACAUGUAGCAUAUAUUCCAAAUGGAAAGCACAACACGAUAGAGAUAUACGGAGGGCACGACAUUGGGUAACAUUGUAUCUAUUCUGUGCAUAUUAUAUUACAUAUUUUAAGGGCAAAGCUGAAUUUCCAAAGACAUUUCCAGGCAGGAUAUGGGUGGCACCGAGAGAGAAAAUUUAAGAUUUCAUAUCUGGUAGAACGGACCUAGGGGACCACGUGAAGCCUCACUUUACUUCACCAAGUUGAAGGCCAGAGGCCGCAGGUUCCUGAGUAAGUUCUACGAUAUAUUUUUGCAGGAUUUCGUUGUUAUAGAUUGGUUUACAGAUACGUUAUAGUUAUGUCGAGACGCCUUGAGAGAAGAUUAUAUUUACAUAUACUAGAUUUCUAUCUAGCACAAUAUAUACUACAAAAGUCAGACUCGGGUUCAGGAGAGUGAGACUAUAUGUUCUAUAGGAGAUGUAAAGGGGGUGAUCACCAUUUACCAUGUGACAUUUCAGGCGUGAACGUUACACAGUUGCAAAAAGUCACACUCUAUUUCAUUUCAUUGCUAAGUGCCUACAUUUUACGGAUAUUUGUCUUGUGAAAAGGGCGACUUUUUAUUUUAUUUCAGUGUAUGAACAUGUCAUCUCAUCUACCCUUAGAAUAGAGUUAAUUACAUGAAAAAAAAUACAGUAUCUGUAUAAAUUAUCACUCUCUAAAUCUCUAAUGUGGUUUCCAACCAAGGACUUGCCCAGUUGUUGCAAAACUAUAAAACUCAGCAUGCCGGCUGUAGGGACAAGAUGGGAGUUGUGGUUUCACAACCAAUGGAGAGCCACAGGCUGGAGAUGACUGCUCAAGAUAUUUAGAGUCUAUUUGGGCAAUCCCAUUUUGGUAGAAGGGUUCCCUGAUGAUAUGUAGGUAGGUUGUCCUGUAACAGGUGUUUGAUUCCCCUUCAGCACUCCUAGAGGUGAAAAGAAGAAUUACAAGGAUCACUUUGAAAUCAAUGGACUGUCCAUGUUAAGCAUGAAUAUGUCCAGUAUGCUAGAGAUAGAGAGAUGAUCUUUGUAGGCUUCCUAACUGGGAGACUCCAUUCUAUCACCUCUAAUAUUUGCAUUCAAAAAUUGGGUUUCUAAACCAGGCAACCCUAUUUACACGCCUACUUAAAAAUAACCGUAACUACCACAAGUUGAAGGGAUUGUGCACAAACAGUAGGCAGCUAGACUGCAAUCCCCUCUCUGUUCCAAUAGACCAGUGGUACCUAAACCAGGUUGUCCGGUAGCAGAUGUUCAAUUCCCCCACAGCACCCCCAGAGGUGAAAAGAAGCAUUACACAGAUCACUUUGAAAUCAAUUUGCUGUCUAUGUUAUGCAUGGAUAUGUCUUGUGUUAGAGAGAGAUGAUCUUUAUAGCUAUCCUUACUGGGAGACCACAUUCUAUUACCUAAUAUGGCAUUCAAAAAUUGGUUUGAUAAACGAGGCAACCCCUCUCAGAUGCCUCCUUAAAAAUAACCAUAACAACUACCACAAGUUGAAGACCACUGGGAUUAGACCCUUGAGAUGAGACUUUAGGUUUUCUCCUAAUGUUUACAUCACUUAUAGACUCCUCUAUGUCAGUCCCUAUUACCUACACCCCGGUUUGAAGUUUUUUAAUCACUGUAAAGUUUCAUGGUCGCCGGACUUCCAUCUUGUUUCUCUGGUUUUCAACGCUGGAGAUCACAUAUUUAUAUCAACGUAUAUUUGUAUUUUAACUAUAGUGGGGGUGGGAGGGGGGUGCAGAAACACAUUGUCUGUUCUAUGGAGUACAUACAUCAGCAACGUGUCAGUACAUUUCACCAUAUCUCUUUUUUGGGAAUGCUCAGACAUAACGGUGUCGGAAGAUUACCCCCCAGCAUUUCAUUAUCAACAUAUUUGCAUGUCUAUAGUAACUCAUGUAACCUGGAAAGGGCUUAUGGGCAUCAGUUGCAUAAAGUGCAAAUUGUUGUCUAAUAUACAGGAUUAAUAUUAUAAUUGUUAUUAUUAUUUGCAGUGUUAGGAAUUAAGAAGAAGGAUUAUUUUUUGUAAUAUAGAGAUGAGAAUAGAUGUAAAUAUAUAUUUGAGAGCCCAUGCUCUCUACUGGCUGCGUGAACACCAAUCCCCUUCUCCACUCUUGAACCCAAUGGCAUGUGUAGAAGAAAAGGGGUGUUUCCUAUAAAAAGAUCAAAGUGGGUCCCCCAUUUUGGUGCCAACCAAGAUAGGUGGGUUGGGUGUUUGUUUUCUUGGUCCUAUUCCCCAUCCUGCUUGCUUAUCAUGCACUUCUUCUAUAGAGUCCUGCACAGUUUCUCGCCAACAAGUAGCAAAAGGAAUGGUUCUAUCCAGGGGCAAGCCCUCUACUAGGGGCCCAUUUCAAAAGCGUGGGCUGCCUCCACCAUACACACACCCCGAUGACAGAGGAAACAUUUGUAAGAGCCAAUGAGGGUUGAGUUAUUACGUCAUUCCAGUGGUUAUUCUGUUCCUCUUGGCUGAGACCCUUAGUCCCUUUUGGCCGAGAUUCUUGGUCCCACUUGGCCAAGACUCUUAGUCCCUCUUGGCCCAGAACAUUGUUCUUCUUGGCCUAGACUAUUAGUCCCUCUUGGCUGAGACCCUUAGUCCCUUUUGGCCGAGAUUCUUGGUCCCACUUGGCCAAGACUCUUAGUCCCUCUUGGCCCAGAACAUUGUUCUUCUUGGCCUAGACUAUUAGUCCCUCUUGGCUGAGAAAGCUGAUCAAAAUGAACACAGGAGAGACCAUACAAUAAAAGCCAGUUCCACCAGUUGGGUCUACAAGUCUUGCAUUUAGAAGAAAGAUUUUUAGGGAACCAACAAGGGCUGAGUUAUUUAUGUAAUUCCAGUGGUUAUUCUGUCCCACUUGGCCAAGACUCUUGUUCCCUCUUGGCCGAGGCUCUAGGUUCCACUUGGUCGAGACUGUUGACCCCUCUUGACUGAGAAAGUUGAUCAAAAUUAACGCAGGAGACAACAUACAAUUAAGGCCAAUUCUACUACAUGCCUAGUGUUUAUUGGUGUCAGUCUCAAUUUAGGCGGGCUGUCGGAGGAGCCAGCCCUGUACUACAGACAAAAUCCAAAGCUCCCUUUAUAAAAGAUGGUGCCUCUGCAUGCAGAAAAAAGAAGCGUAUUCUCCCCUUCUGGGCUAUGCAAGAAUCGAAUCAGCGGACGCCAAGAAAUUCACCUUUUUCAUCCAACGCUGUAAGCUUUGUUCAUUGGACUUUACCAUUUCAGGGCUUACAGCUAACUGCGACCAAAUCUUUUUUAAUAAUUUUUGUUUGUUUGUUUUUUUUGUUUUGUUCCCUAAGAUCAAGGUAAAAACAGGCACAACUUUCACAUUUUCAAAAAAUAUAUAUAAUAAAAAGAAUUUAAAAAAAACUUUUAAAACAAUUCAUAAACAUAUAUUUAAAGAGAAAAAAAAAACUUUUUGUGCUUGCAGCAUGAAAAUGUCACUCACCCUGCAAGGAAUUGGUACGUGUUGUUUUAUAUGCUGGAAUAUACGGCCUUUGCCCUCCAUCCAUUACACUCACACACCUGGUCCUUACUCUCCUUGUUGGGCAGUAAAAUAAAAAAUUGUUUUUCAGUGGUGUAUGUGAGGCGUUGAGCAUGAUGGGGAGGAGGGGUCGGGGGGGGGGGGGGUUAAUGAGACUCUUGUUUAGGCUGUGCUUAAGGCAUAGCUGUCAACUUGGCCUAUGAUAUUGGAAGGCGAGACAUUAAUAGGGGAAGGGCCGAGGUCGAUAAUGGGUAAAACAGAUGGACUUACCCAUUAGGUUGAAGCACAGUUACUAUAUCUUACAAUGCACGCACUUUAGUAAAAAUCUUAUCUGUUGUAGGAGAACCUCUCUCUUUUUUAAAUAUCAUAUCCGACUCUAAACCGAUACUUUGGGUGACAUAUACAAUAUGCUAUGCAGAGCUUUUUAAAAAAUAAAAAUCAAAAAAACUAAAAAAAAAAGAAAGAAAUAACAAUUGCCGGCAUAUUUUCCAUCAACCUUCCUGCUCUAUCGUUGCAUCCAAAAUAAUUUUUUGCGCUUGCUUGGAGGUCUUCACAAUUUCAAUUUGAGCUGGCAGCUAGGUAUAGAGGUACGUUGACCAGAUGGGGGGAAAAGGCAUCGAGAUGCAGGUCAACAGAGCAUUUGAGGAUAUUUUUGCAAAAAAUUUGGCAGCCCAAAUUUGUUUCACUUUUGUGUAUUCUCGGCUCCUCCGGUCUCUGAGAUCUUGGGUUGAAUGUAUGUGUCUCCUUAUGAUGUAGGGUCCUUCCAGUCCAUCGGGUGGGUAAGAUCUUGUCGGGAAUGACAUUAGAUGGCUAUGGCUCCUGGUUCCACCAUAAUGGAGGUCUUUUGGGGCCAUCUAACUCUAGUUUGUCAUAGUUUCCUAUUUCUUCUAAAGUAAAAUUGCCCUCCUUGCAGAACUUCCUGUAAGACUCUUUUGUUUUUUUAAGUACGGGAGUGUUGGAGAUAGGUUUGCACUGAUUCCUCUAUUGCCCUACAGACAGAAGAUCAAAUAUCGUACUGUUAUAGUGUUUGUAUAUAAGUUGGACUACUUUGCAGUGGGAUAAACCAGCAUCAUGGGUGGCAUUGACCGACUCCCCCCCCCCCCCCCCCCCCCACCUCGCUGCUGGAAAUGGCUGGCGUAGUUGUCUUUUUUUGUUGACUUGGGCAAAGACAUCAGCCAUUUUGGACAAUGCACCCCACUGGAAAGGGACUAACUUCUUCGUGAGCUGUUGCCACUUAAUAAAUAAAAAGAAAAAUUCCUCCACUUAAUUGUUUGCAUCCCAAACCAGACUGAUCUGGCCGUACCUUGCAUAAUUAAUGUUUGCAUGUGAUCUAUAUACAUAUUAAAUUAUAAAAAAAAAAAAAUACAAAAAAAA